GACCCUCAACAUGAUUUACAACUCCAUUGAUGUAGAGUGCAUUUCCAUGCUUAGGAUGAAGAGAGCCCCUUUUUUUGCUUUAUGCACGACCUUUAGAGAGAGGGGACUGGUAACUGAUAGGGAGGGGGUGUCAGUAGAGGAGCAAGUUGCCAUGUUCUUGCAUGUUGUUGGUCACAACCAAAGGUUCAGAGUUGUGCACCAGGCCUUUAGGAGGUCCAUUCAGACAGUACACAAGCACUUUCAUCAGGUUUUGUAUGCUGUUGGAGAGCUUAGGAAGGAACUUAUCAAGGCACCUAGCCCUACCACUCACCCAAAGAUCACUGGAAGCUAUAGAUGGAAUCCAUAUUUAAAGGACUGCAUUGGUGCCAUUGAUGGCACCCAUGUGCUGGCAAGGGUGCCUAGACACAUGCAGCAAGCUUUCGGGGGUAGGAAAACUAACCCGACACAAAAUGUGAUGGUUGCUGUGGACUUUGACCUCAAGUUCACAUACGUUCUAGCUGGCUGGGAGGGGUCUGCCCAUGAUGCACUUAUCCUGGCUGAUGCCAUUGAGAGGGAUGAUGGGUUCACUGUCCCACAAGGUAAUUGCACUACCAAGUUCACAUUGUAGGUAAAUUCUACAAUGUCACACAAGCUCACAGUAGAUUUCACAUUGUAGGUAAAUUCUACUUGGUAGAUGCAGGGUAU